CUCUCCCGCUCCCCUUCUCUGCGGUCUGCCACGCACGCUGACAUCUCACACAGUCACGCCUCUUAUCCUGAUUUCUGGUUCUCCUCUCUUGCUUCAUCUCGCUCUCUUCCUCUUUCCACACAUUAAGGACGACAUCACUUUGCUCCCGCACCUUGUGCUCAUAGACCUCGAUUACCGCUGGUCUCGAUCUGUCCUGGAAGCUGACAGCUGUGUUUGUGUUUGCAGAGUCACCAUGAUUCGGUGCUGAAAAGUGACCUUGCGUGGAGAUACGAAACGUGUUUUGGCGCUGCGAGGAGGGGAGGUGGGAGUGUGGUACAUACGAUGGGUAUCUGAACAGAGAAGAGGUGUAAGAGUGUAAGAAUCGAAAAGACCGUUCCAGCGGAGGUGUCGUCGUGGAGCCUGCGUGGCCAAGAACGACGUGGAUGCCGCUUCCUGUUGACUGAAAUCCCCUCGAACGAGCGUCCGUCGAACCGUCUGUGAUCCAGUGCUGUGCCCUAAGCUUAAGCUGUAGUUAGCGUUACAAAACUCGCAACGUGUUAAGCUCACGUCCCCGGUUCCCCUCCGUGAGAGCAGAAACACCUCCCUCCAUCAACGUUCCUUCCAGCCUCUCUCACGCCUAGCUUAUGGCAACAUGUGGUCCCUCCGUGUCCGUGACCAGCACUUCGGGGCCUUCCUCAGAGACAUCGCCUUCGUCAGGAGGAUCCACGCUGACCUCCUCGGGAGAGACAAGUCCGGCGUGGCCAGACGAGUGCCUGGACGUGACCACCGUGUCCGAGGACAUGAUUCCCAUCGCCCCCAUCCUGCAGGACCUCCAGAGCACAGACGGCCCCUUGCACAGCGACUCCGAAGAUUCCGAGGAUGUCAUCUCCGACGUGGCUGCCGAGCUGUUGGCCGAGACGCUCGACUUCUUCAUCGAACUUUCGAAUAUAUUCGCCAACCUUAUCUCCGAUACGAGCGAGGAAAAGCCCUGCAUAUGUACCAAGUAUGUGGUACGUGAGGGCGAGGAUGGAAUAGCAAUGGACAAAGAUGGCACAUUAGACAUCAGUUUUGAUGAGUGGCGUGACUAUCUUCUCUUCCACCCCUCGGCCAAUCUCCAUGACAUCAUCCUCUACUGGAGACAUGCCACGAAUCUUGAUGUAGGAGAGGACCUCUCAGUGCCUGAUGACUUUUCACUUGAGGAAUGGCUCUCUGGAAAAUGGUGGCGUCACUUGGUGGCAGGAGGCGUGGCUGGCAUGGUAUCAAGAACUUGCACAGCGCCACUUGACAGACUCAAAGUAUUUCUGCAGGUUCAUGGAGCAAAACAGUUUCACAGUUUAUCCAACUGCUUUAAGUACAUGCUUCAAGAAGGAGGUGUCAAAAGUCUGUGGCGAGGUAAUGGAAUCAAUGUCUUGAAGAUUGCACCAGAGUCUGCCCUGAAGUUUGCUGCUUAUGAACAAGCCAAGCGCAUGGUGUUGCAGUUUGGUGGCAGCAAAGAGAGAGAGUUGACCAUAUAUGAGCGCUUUGUGGCAGGCUCCUUCGCUGGAGGUUUUUCACAGUCCGUAAUUUAUCCUCUUGAGGUUUUGAAGACCAGAUUAGCACUCCGAAAAACUGGCCAAUACAAGAGUAUAGCAGACGCAGCUGUCAAAAUUUAUAAGACCGAGGGUGUAAAAUCAUUCUACAGAGGUUACAUCCCCAACAUUCUAGGGAUUAUACCAUAUGCGGGUAUUGACCUUGCCAUAUAUGAAACCUUAAAAAAAUCUUACAUGGAGCAAUAUUCAGAUGGCAGGAACCCUUCAGUUCUAGCCAUUAUUGCCUGUGGAGCAUUCUCUUCUUCGUGUGGUCAGGUUGCGUCCUACCCUCUGGCUCUUGUUCGCACCAGGCUACAAGCACAAGUUAUAGCCCCUGGAGUGGUCCACAACCAGCCAAUCACAAUGUCUGGACUGUUCCGUCACAUUAUUGCCAAAGAGGGACCCACUGGCCUUUAUCGCGGCAUCACACCAAACUUUAUGAAGGUUGCUCCGGCUGUCAGCAUCUCCUAUGUUGUCUACGAGAAAUGUCGACAAAUGUUAGGGGUAUCCAUGACUUAAUUUCCCUGUAGUAAAGACUAAUAGUAAUUUUGAAAUUGAUAACCAUUUAAGUUCAUAUAUAUUUCGUGUAGACUUAUUAUUUUCAUGGAUAAAUAUAUUUCAUUUCAUCUACUGUUUUAAAUGACGUUCAUGGUUUUGAAACAAGCAUAUGUGAUUUUGUGAAUAUGAUUAAAUGACACAAAUUUUUAUACAAGUAUGGUUGAAUACUCUGUUCUACGAUCAAAGGCUGUAUGUUCAUUUCUACCCAGUCAUUAGGCAGACUUGUUGAACUGUUUGGAACGAAUAGCAUAUUGGAAAUUUUGUAAAUUGUUGGAUUUUCUGUGAUCAAUUUUGAUAACCAAAAAAAAAAAAAAAAAAGUUGGAACUAAUGAUUAGACAGUGAACAUUGGACUCUGUUUGAUUGAGAACAUCAGCAGCAUGAGGAGUAUGCAGUGAAGCCAUUUGUGAAGAGUUGAAGUUCACCGUGUUGUUGUCAUACAGACUUGUUAUCUAGGUAGUCUAUAUUUUCUUAAUAUUUUUCAUAUUAAAAGUGUCGCAGUUUCUUCCACACUGCCUUUUUCUGGUAUAUGCUGUGUCAAGUGGAACAAUCAAAAUCCUCUGUUCAAAGGACAGCCUAUGCUGCCAGAAAUUGUGCAUGUCAUUGUUAUAUAUGUUUAGGUACUGAUAUACCAGAGAAAUGAGCAGGGUUGAGUGACUGGAGUUGUUUGUAGCACGAGAAAUGUUUGAGGCGAAGUGGCUCUUUUGAUGUCUUCUCAUCUUGUAAUUCAUCCACAACUUUUGAUAUUCCAGGUUUAAAUUUUGAAUAAUAAUUCGUAUAGAGAUAGUUACAGAAAUUUAAGCAUUUCUGUGAAUGUUGAAAAUUGGCAUUCAGAGUUUUUAUAUCUAAUUAUAUUGCCAUAUUUUGUUUUGAAGUAUUCAGAAAUGAUUUGGAUAAAGUUAACUUCUGGUAAAAAUGUUACCACUAUAGUGUUAGUUUCAGAAGUACAUUUCCUUCACUUUCGUUUCAUCUUCAUCAUCCUUUACUUUUGUAUUGCUUACAUAGAAACAUUCAGCUUCACAGUAUGACUGUAAAGAAUUUUUAUAUAUAUAAAAAUACUUUAAAGAACACUUGAUUUUGUAAAUUAUUUUUCUGUAGAAUUCUUCUGUGCUGCAGUUAUUGAUAUUUAAUUCCUCAUAGAUCAAAAAUCUUUUAGAAAAAGGUUUGCAUUUCAUAAUUUGGUUCUGCCGCUGUCCUGUACUGUGUAAGACUAAGAAAUAACAGUUUCUACAUAAGCUUCAGGCUGAACUGUACUUACAAUUCUCGUAAAUACUCCUUCAAAGCUUGUGGCUUAUCUGCUUUUUCUUCUUAGCAUUAUAAAUUGUAUACAGUUAAAAAGAAACAAAAGGUUCGUGAAUAUAAAUUGAAUUAAUGCUUUGGUCACGGCUGUCAUCAUAAGUUUUGCGAGAUGAGCGAAGUUGCUUAAUAAUUCCAUCAAAGGAAAUUAAACUUCCAAUAUGAGUAAGAUAUUGCCCCAUUAUUAGGAAUGCCUGUGGAUUUGAUUUUCAUAAAGCUGAAUCACGGUGAUCCUUGAUACAUGUGUGUUGAAAUAGAAAUAACCGCUUCCACAACAUUGAAAGUAAAGUACAGGUCUGAACCUUUCAUUACGCUAAGCAAAACUCAGUGGCCAAAUGAUAUUAGUGGGGCAUUAUAUCAAUUUCUUUAGCAUAUUUUUCCCAUGGUUAAAUUGCAUUUUCAACCUUGCAUUUUCUUUAGAAAGUUCUAGUUGAGGACUGUGGCUACAGUCAUAUAUCUGCAUAUAUUCAUGAAACAUAACAUUAUCCUUGUUUUCAUAUGUAUAACACAAGCUGACCAAAUACUUCAUUUUUAGUCGCCCCUUCACCCAUUUAAGGGAAUUCUAUGUGAGAGUUGUACAGUUUAGGGACCUUGACUAACUACAUAGUGGUUGAUUCAAGUUAUUGCCCAGAGUUGCAGAAAAUAAGUUUGACUCAAAGAUUUUUAGUUUGUAUGUCAUCCAGUGCAUUUGAUCUCUUGUGAAACACUAUUUUUUUUUAAUAAUAAUAAAUGAGUCUUGAUUGAUGACAAACUUUCCUUUUCUGGCAAUGCCUUUGUUUGGUUGAGUUAACAAGAUAGAUAAAAUCAUUUUAUCGUAUUGGAAAGUUGAAUCAUGAGCUAUGAAGAAAAGAUAUGCAAUGUGACUCGCAUUGCACGGGGUAGCUAUGACAACAAUCUUGGUCAGAUGAUACAUAAUGAUUGUUCAUCCAUCCAUUCAUUCCAAACUUUGUGAUUCACGUGUUUGGGUAAAGAGAAUACAAGUUUAGUGUUCGAUUCAUUGUUGAGCUUUCUAGCUGGACUGGAAAAUGAAUAUCCAUCAUUGUAGUAUUUUAAGGCACACUUACGAACUUGAUAUUCCCUUAAUCUUUAUAUCAGUAGAGGAUAGAUACUACUAUGUAUUUGACUCCAUUUUAUGGUAUUAAAUUUACUUGUAACAUUUGCAGAGCAUUGGCAACUUACCAAUUUUUAUUUUAUUUUCAAGGUUGCCAGCCUGAUGCAGAUAAUCAGUAAAAGCAAUUUAGACACAUGUCUGGGGAUGAACUAUUAGUACAUCCAUUAAAAUUGUUUUUAAAGUUAUCUGGGGGGCAUUAAUUUGAUGGUAAGAUAUAUGUAUUACCUGCAAUACAACAUGUCUUUAUUUGUAUGGCUGUAAGGGCCAUCCAAGCUUUUGUGAUUGCAUGAACAAGUCCUUAAUGUAUAUGCUUAUCUAUGCAGAUGAGUGCAUUGUGACAGUUGACCAGUGAGAAAUGUUAGGUAAUGUGGCAAUUUCUUUUCACAUUUUUCUUCUUGAAAGUGCAAUAUCUAGUUUUUUGUCAGUCAGUGAACCAUCUACAAAUAACUAUUUUAAUGCAAAAGUAGACUAUUGUCUAUUGCUCGGUGAUCCACAAAAAUCUUAAUAUUAAUGUUCUGGCAAUAAAAGUUUAGUUCAAAGAUCAUACAUUAGCCUGAAAUUUGGUAACAUUUAAAGUUGAUUUUUCCUGUCACAAUAGAUGCCACCUUUCAAAAUCCACCGGAUAAUAGGAAUGAAGGUGCUAGCUUCAUAUAUAAGUAUUUCUAUCUCUUGUGUUUCUGGUACUCCACUCCCAAAAAUCUUCCCUUGUAGCAUAUUUUCUUCAUAUAAAAAAGAAAAUGAAAAAAGUGGGUGCAGGGGUACAUACACCAAACUAUUUUAACUCUUUCGCUUGUUGUUUUCUGCUGAUGAUAAAGUAUUGUCUUGUACAUUAUCAUAUAUUUAUUUUUCAAUGGCAAAACAGAAAUCUCGCGUGUUUGAUUUCUUUUUAUCUUUUAAGGAACACUUCAAAGGAAACUGUCAGGUGUUGGUCAAAGGGGAAUAUUUUUUAGAGCUUUAUUACUGAAAUUCAUUUUUUUCUUACAAUGUGACCCUUAAAUGCUGAUGCUUUAUGGUUCAUCAACAGACUUACUAUACCAUAACUGUGAUCAUAUGAUAGUUCUUACAGUGUGUGUGUGUGUUGAAGGAGCUGUAUUGGCUUUCCAAGGAAGGGCCAAGUACGGACACACCCUGACCUAGUAUUAGCAUAUUGAUUUUCCAAAUAAUACUUUUAAUCAGUGUCCAUUGCUGCUAGUAAUACAAAUCUUCACAUUUGCGAUUAUAAUUUCCCAGUUUCUUUAAUGCAGGCAUUCUCAAAAUAAAUUUAGCUUCAUGACUGUAAUAAUAGUUUACUUUUUUCCAGUUUAUAUAGUGCAUAAUUUUUACGGUGUAAAAGCUAGGUUAGCAGUAUUGGUGCCCAGUGUGACCAAAUCUUAUGAUAUGUGAGAAGCCUGACAGUCCUCAUUUACAGCUGUUGCUUGCAGGAUCCUCAUAAUUUAUUUAAUGUUGUAUUUAUGUGUAUGUAUAUACCAUUAUUUUUAUGACAGCAAAGUGAAGUUGAGGAAUCUAAUAUGAUAUAUACAGUAAAAAAAGAAAACCUAA